GCGGCCCCGGCCCGGAAGCGGAAGGCGCGGCCCCGCCGCCGUUGCCGGGCGACCGGGCGGGAAGCGGAGGCGGCGCGGGGCCGCGCGAGGGGCGAGCGGCCUUCCCGAGCCCCACCCGCCUCCGCGGCCAUGGACGGGAGCCCGGGAGCCGAGCCCCAGCUCCGCGAGGCGCUGCGGAAAGCCAGGGAGGACUACGGCACGGCCACAGGUGCCAUCGCUUCCUUGCACAGACAACUGGAGAUCCAAGAAUCCCAGCUUCGGAGAGCCAACUCUGAAAAGGAAAUGCUCCAAAAGAAGCUCAGAGAGCAAGAAAAUCAGCUACAGGCCCUGUCUGCCAAGUUUUGCAGUCUGAGAGAAGAGUGGAAACACGAGGAACUGAUCGUGAGAACAGAGCAGGAGAACUGCAGCCUUCGACAGGUUGUUGCAGAACAGGAAUCCAAGCUGGCUGAGCAGAGCAAGCUGAUCAGUGAGUUACAGGGGACAGUCAGCCAGCUGCAGACAGAGGUUCUGACCAGCCGGCACCACAUCCGCAAGCAGCAGCGGGCCCAAGAGGCGAUGGAGAGCCAUACUGAGACACUGCAGCACAAGGAGCUGCAGACUAGAGUGGCACUGGAGUGCCUCACCUGCAGGUUUGAAAGAUAUCGAAGCAAAAUCCUUCAGGCCACGCUGAGCGCAGCGGGCAGCAAGAUCCCCCAGGCAGAGCUCACGGACGAGGAGCUGCUGGAGGCAAUGCAGAAAAUAAUUAACGAGCGGACGGAGUUCCACCAGCUGCUGAAGCAGAAAGGCAUCAAGGUCCCAUCACUCCACAGCAUCAACACAUCCACAGCAUCUUCCAGCACUAAGGGCAGGAAAAAGAGUCUCACAAAGUAGCACCUUUCCAUGCCUGAAGAGCAGCUGAACAGCCGAGUCACCAACUUCAGGCUCCUGGUUUUGAGAUGGUGACUCACUAACAAAUCAAAUGCAUUCCGCUGAAAACAAGAUCUGUGGGGAUAUCUAAUUCAAUUGUUUCAACUGACUCACAGCACAACUCACUGUAAAUCAUUGGCCUGCAGAAAGACUCAACUCCACAGGCAAGCCUGAAGCCAUUUCUGCAGUACAGAACAGCUGCUUUGGUGAGCUUUGUAGUUUCCUGACUGGAAAAUUCAGCAAUGCCAAAAUAAAUGACAGUAACAUA